AUGGGGAAUGACGAAGGUGUUAAUCUAUCUCGUGAGAAUGAGGAAAACGGUGGAGAUCAAGAUGACAUAAGUAAAACAUAUGGAAUGCUUGAUAUUGUUGAUCCUCCAGACUGUGUAGAAGAACAACGUAUUCAACGUGAAUGGGCAGACGGUUUGAAACUGAGAGUUGGUGCAGAGUUUAGCUCUGAAACUGGAUGUAACUGGUAUAUAAAUACCGCUAAGACAGCUCAGUCACAUAUUUUCACGGUUAGAGUAUAUAGGAAAAUGCAUUCCUGCUCUCGGGCUUCUGCGUGUACUAGCAGCAAACGAAAGAAAUGCACACCUGGAUUAGUUGCAGGCGUUGUUAGUAAAACUUACCCAGGUCGAUUAAAACCACCACCUCCUAGAGAUAUCAUGGCUUUGGUUCAAACUAGAGGUCGUGUGAAGGUAUCAUACUCUACGACAUGGAGAGGCAGACAGAAAGCUAUAAGUUAUGUUCGUGGUACUCCAGAAGAGAGUUUCGAGCAUCUGCAUUCGUAUUUGUACAUGAUAGAGCAGUUUAAUCCUGGUACGACAUCAAGUGUUGAAGUGGAUGAGUUAGGUAGAUUUAAGUACCUAUUCGUCGCUCUGGGUCCUACCAUAGAAGGGUUUGCGGCAAUGAGGAAAGUGAUAAUUGUUGAUGCAACUUUUUUGAAGAAUGGAUUUGGUGGAUGCCUUGUAUUUGCAACAACUCAGGAUCCGAAUCAUCACCAUUAUCUCCUCUCUUUUGGGGUAGUUGAUGGGGAAAAUAAUGAUAGUUGGAACUGGUUCUUCACUAAACUUAAAACCCGUAUACCUGACAGUUCUGAAUUGGUGUUUGUUUCUGACAGAAAUAAUGUGAAAAAGAACGUUCGGAGAGAGAAAGAAUUAGUUGUAGGCAAGUUCAUGGAAGUUGCGAGGAAGUAUACAAAGGCUGAGUUUCUUGUGGCUUAUGGUCAACUGGAAGAAAAGUAUCCGGAUGCAAUUACGUAUUUAUGUAAUAGUUUGCUUGAGGAAAAAUGGGCAAGGUGCUAUUUUCCGGGAGAAAGGUACAACAUCGACACUAGUAACUAUGUAGAGUCUAUGAACAGCGUGUUUGAUUAUGCGAGGAAGCAUGCAUUAUUACCUAUGAUGGAUGCCAUCUUGUCAAAGUCCCUAAAUGUGACUGAGCUGAACUCGUUUCUGCUUAAAUACGCUGUGGUCAGUGGAGAUGGGAAGACUUAUCUGAUGAACUUGAAAACUAAAUCUUGUUCAUGCAGAUGGUUUGAUAUAGACAAGUAUCCUUGCGUCCAUGCACUUGCCGCAGUGAGAAUUUUUAUGGCCAGGGAAGAUAGAAGUGAGGACAUCCACUCGUAUGAUUUGUGCUCGAAGUAUUAUACUACGGAAUUGUGGGCACUUGCAUAUGCCAGGACGAUAUACCCUGUUCCUCAUCGUUCACAAUGGGUAAUUCCAGAUGAUAUCGAAAAGAAGACUGCCCCAAAACCACCUGAGGUCCCGAAAAAAGCUGGAAGAAGGCAACAGAGAAGACUUGCAUCGGUUGGAGAGCGUGGGCCAAGGCCAAGUAAUAAGCGUAAGAAAAGGCAGGGUAAUACUGAGGAUGGAGUCAGGAAUGCUAAUGGUAAUACUCAGGGGAAUGAAGGCAGGGAUCCAAAUUUCAAUGCCAGUAAUCCUGAAGGGAAUGCGCAUGGUAAUACUCAUGGUGGAGGCUGGUGGCAAUAUUUCAAUGCCAGUAAUCCUGAGGGUAAUACUCAGGGUGGAUCUAGUACUCAGGACAGAUGA